AUGGCUCGGGCUACCAAGGAUUCCAGUGAGCGCCGGGUAAAGCUCGAGAAUGUGCUCAAACGGGCUGCCUCUGGACAGACCCUGAGCGACAAGACGCCUGCCAACAGCAGGUACGGUAGCUUUGGGCAGUUGCAGAAGAGCCCUGAAGGACUCCAGCUGAUCCUGACCAAGUCAGGCAUUGCCUGGGUGUCGGAAGAUGGUAGAGAACACGAGAUCAUCCCUUUACUCCUAGCCGAUGUGGUUUAUGCCGAAGUUGCACAAAAAUUUAGUUUCACCACGCCGGACGCGACACACUUGAUUGCCAUCGCCCCGCGGAUUCAAAGCCUAGCAGCAGUCUGGCUGCUUUGCACCAAUGCAGGGACAGGUGACUUCAGCUUGGAUCACCUGAUGAUUAGCUUUAGCAGGCGCGGAGCCAUCCGCUGGGACAUCAAGGACUGCUGUCACUUCUCCGCCAAGUGCUGUGGUCAGGGAGCACACGGCUCAGUUUUUAGCACCUUGGCCAUGGGAGGCGGCGUGUCUUUGCUCCCGCUCUAUGAUUCCCGCCGGCGGCUCCUUCCUGAGAAGCGAGAUGUCAUCAACAUGCAAAAAGUUCACAACUUCGGGCGAGUUGCUGUGAAGAUCUGGAACAAACCACCCAUGAGCAUGAUUCGACAGGAGGUCUAUGCGCUGCAAGCAGCAGCGGGCCACCCAAACAUUUGCUCCCUACUAGGUUUGUAUUGCGAAGGCCCACGGCGGAAGACCGCAGUGAUUUGGCUACUGGCCUUGGAGCACUGUACCGGUGGAGAUCUCUUUGACUUGAUCAGAGACAACUACAUCUCGCAACUUCAAGUGAUGGAUAUCCUUUUUGGCUUGUUUUCAGCCCUGGCGCAUGUCCAUUCCCUCCAGUUAGUUCAUCGCGAUAUCAAGGCUGAGAAUGUGGUGCUGAAGAAGCACCACGCCGUCCUGAUUGACUUCGGCAUCUCAGCCAAUGUGAACGAUGAGCAGGAGCGAGACCGAAGACCCGAGAUGAUGCGGCCCGUGGGCUCUCCAGGCUACGCGGCGCCCGAAGUCAUCGCCCUGGUGCCGGAACGCUACAACGAGAAGGCCGUUUUCGUUCGAGCUUCGAAUCAGCGCGAUAGACGACGACCCGGGACCGACUGGGACAGCGCGGAACACCGCUGA